ACUCUAUCCGACGAGAGAUUCCAGCAGCAGGAGGAAAAAAUGCGGCAAUUGCGGCAGGACUUGCGUCGCGUUCAGAACUUGUGCAGCUCAGCUGAGAGGGAGCUGAGAUAUGAAAGGGAGAAGAACAUCGACUUACAAAAGCAAAACCUCUUGCUCCAGCAGAAAUGCACCACGCAAAAGCUAAAAGAUUUCCAACACCAACUCCUGCUGGCAGAGACCCGUGUUUCAAACAAAAAACUCCUGGAGGAGGAAUUGAAGGAGGCCCGAGAAAAUGAAGCUCAUGUGCAGCAAGAACUUCACGAGGAGCAGCUGAAAAGGAAGCUCCUGGAGCAGCAGGUGGAGGAGCUGCGGCAGCAGCUCCGGCAUUCGCGGGAGACGGAGGCGUCGCUGGCCAAGAUGCAUGUGGAGCUGCAGGCCAAGACUCUGCACGUCCUAGAAGAUGAGAGGAAAACUGACUCAAGCGAGCACCUCCAGUGUCAGAAGGAGAACCAGAAGCUUGCAGAGCAACUUUCACUGCUGAAGGAGGAAGACAAAGCCCUUUACGAGGAAGGAGUCCGUCUCCUGAACCAGAAGGAUCUGUACGUCAGGAAAUAUAAUGAAGUGCAGCUCCGCCACAAAGACAAGAUCCGCAGAGCCAAAGAGACCUUUAUCCACGAGGUGAAACAAAGGGACAGCAGAAUUAAGCAGCUUGAAAAUGAGCUCAGUGAGUCAAAGCUCCAAGUGGAAAAGGGGAAGGUGCUGAUUGCACAGAUCACUGCCGAGAAUGAGAAAUUACUUCAGGAAAGAAGACGGCUCCUCCAGAAGAUAACUGAUCAAGAGGAGACCCCUUGGAGCAACCGGUCUACGAUUGCCACCCUGCAGAGCAGAGUGAAGAUCCUGGACGAGGAUAACGUGCGGCUGCACGAGAGCAAACUCCAGCUCUCCAGCCAUGUGCCCGUCUUGCAGCGCGCACCGAGGAGCAUCCCUGCUCCCGACACGGAGGACUCGAAGAGCGUUAACUUCUCUGAACGCCAACUACAGAGUAAGGUGUUGCCAUCUCCCCGUACCAGCUUCCCAUCACGAGAACCGCCAGACUCUCUCAGCACCAUGAAGGCCACGCAAGACAUGAAGCCUGAAGGAGAAGCUGAAAGCCAAGACUCAUCCUUUUGCUUAUCCCCCUCUCAACCUUCUGAGAUCGGGUACUUAAAUGUAGCUUCGCCUGGAGACACCACAGCCUCCCAGCUGCCGGAGGAGAGUCAGAGCAUCAGCUCUGAGAACUUCUAAAUGGGGAAAGAUGUUUGUAAAAGAUUAGCUGGACUGCAAGG